UGGCAACGUUAGUUCAGCCUCAUCGUCAGAUCAAUAUUAUGUUCAAAGAAGUUACUCUGCCACAAGUGGAGACACUCUUAGAAGUGGGUUUCGCACCAGGGGCUAGUGGCCUAUAAGCUUCAAACAGCAAAAUCCAACUAAAUCCAAAAAUGGUUUAUCGAGGAAAGCCAUCCAAAGGGUGUGGAAGAUGUCGGGCCAGAAAGAUACGGUGCGACCAGCAACCCGGCGGGUGCGCCAACUGCGCUAAAAUCAAUGCAGAAUGUCCAGGCUAUAGGAACCAAGUAGACUUGAUGUUCCAGGAUGAGACUGGUCAGGUCAUCAAAAAGGUAAAGGACAAGACGUCUCCAGGGACAGGAACCGCUGCAGGGGAGUCUGCAGCCCUGCCGACAAUCACCUCUCAAAAUGGCAACCGCGUGUCGGUAGUGAAUUUCGCCUUCAUGCCGUUGCAAUAUACUCUCUCUCCGUCCAUUUACCACAAGGCUACCGCCUUCUUCUUUACCCACUAUGUGGUGGGAGGGAAGACGGGGCUGAUGGCUGAACGGAUUGGGGAGACUGUCCUAACAUGCAUGAGGGCACUUGGCACAGCUGGUCUUUCGAGUUUCGUCUACGACCCAGCUUUGAUGAAGGAGGCCAAAAAGGAAUAUGUGAAUGCUCUUCGAUUGACCAACAAAGCGUUGGCUUCACCAGACAGUGCCAAAGAAGAUACUACUCUGCUUGCGACGAUGCUCAUGGGCUUCUACGAAGCGAAUUCUGGUUACGGUCCGAAUUCGCUUGAGGCCUGGACGAACCAUGUCAAAGGAUCUGCUGCCCUUCUCAAAUUACGGGGUCAAAAGCAUCUGAAGACGCAGGAACAGGUCCGAAUGUUUAUCCAGGCAACUUCGAGUCUCAUGAUUACUUGCUUCAAACACGGUCUACCAUUGCCUGAGGGUAUGGUGGACCUCAUAGCACAAGUCCGCCAAAAGGUCAGAGACGUCAACGAUCCAGCGUGGCGUCUUUUCGAGGGAGAUGCGGAAUUUGUCGACUUUUAUGCGUUGGUGAAGCAGGGAUAUGUCGCUGACCCUCAAUAUAUUGUGAUGAGGGCCAGAGAGAUUGACCAUCGCUUUGCGGCAGUCUUUGACAACGUGGACCCCAGUUGGCAGUACGAAACAGUGUAUACGACGGAUGAUCCGGACGUUGUCUUUGACGGUUAUUAUCACGUGUACAAUGACUUUUUGUCCGUAUCGACUUGGAACGGCGUGCGAAAAGCCAGAAUUUUGCUGAAUUACCUCAUCCUGCGUACCUUUCAGAGACUUUUCAGGGCUGAUCCAGGCUGGGCCAUGCACCAGGAGUACGCUUCACAAUAUAAUGAAGCGAUUAACAAUUUAUCUCAGGUGCAGUCGGACAUUCUUGCCUCUGUACCUCAGCAUAUAGGAUAUAUUUCCAAGGUCCAAGGGGAAUCGUCAUCAUCAUCAUCAUCCUCUUCACAAUCUUCAUCUUCUUCGCCAUCUGCAUCUUCUUCCUCUCCUCCAUCAUCUUCUUCAUCUUCUUCAUCUUCAUCAUCCUCGCCUCCAGCGGAGCAGCAUUCCCACAUUUCACCAAAAACCCUCCUUACCAAACACCGAUUUUUCUGGUUGGAUUUCAACCGACCGAGAUGCACAUCGUCCUCGUCUCCAUGGGUUCCGGCGCGGCCUUCUACGCUUCCCAUGAUUCGACUGUUUGGCGGCAAUGCACUUCCUUGGUCUCUCUAUCUUAUCGGCACGCUUCCGACAACCGGCCCUCUUCUCCGAAAGAGAAUCAUAGACACGCUUGACUUGAUGGGACAAUUUAUGGGCGUUCAACAAGCGUUUGUCCUUGCAGAAGAUGUGCGCAAGCAUGAUUCAAGUCCACAUCCUCAUCCUGAUUUUGCAGAACCACACUAUGCUAUUUAACUGUGAGUUAUUGGUCUUUGCUAUCGUUCAUUCUAGACUGGAUUUGGAUUAGAUAAAUGAAGGUAGAUUGUAUUCUCGUGGAUGUUAUAGCAUCGUGAUUUAUUUUAUUUUAUUUGUUUUUGUUUUUGUUUUUAUUUUUAUUUUAUCCUCUUUAUUUAUCCAUCUUGAUUUUCUUUAUUCUUUCCCGUCACUCUUUAACCCGUAUUUAUUUAUUUUUAUAGAAAAGCAAUUAUGCAAUUAUCCAC